CUUUCCACGUGGGCCAAUUCCUCACAGCGCGAAAACAUCAACUCAAAGACUCCGGAGUCCCACCGCCAUCACUUCUCUUCUCACUUUCUCAGUUCCCAAACACUCUUUUUCCCACUCGAUAAAUCUCCCGAGAAAAUUUUAUGCGCGCCAAAUGGAAUCCCAACCCCAAUCUCAGAAGCCCAACCACCACCACCACCACCAGAAAUCCAAUCCCAACAUGAAGAAGUCCUGGUCUUUGACCUCCGACGACUCGCCCCUCCGAUUCCACUCCCCGAUCCGAUCCGACGCCUUCGACCCGCCCGACAGCCCGCCGUACCAGUCCCCCGAGAACUCGCCGGAGAAGCCGGUCGACAACUCCAAGGCGAUCAUGGCCGUCGACAAGUUCAACCAGUACCCGCCGCUCCGGCAUCAGAAGCCGCCGGAGAACGCCAAGGCGCUGUCGCCGGUGGUGGUGUACAACCGGUCGGUGAAGGAGGAGGUGGCGCCGUCCGUGUCGAAGGUUGGGCCGACCGCCGGAGUUAACGGUGUUGGAGGCGGGGAGGAAGGCGGAGUCAACGGUGGGAGAUCCAAGGGGGUGACGAAUUCGAUUCUGAGACGGUCGAAGAGGGGGGAGAUGAUGAAGACGGCGGCGCUGGGGUUUAGGGUGAGUGAGUUGGUGUUGUGCUUGAUUUCGUUCUCGGUUAUGGCGGCGGACAAGACUCAGGGAUGGAGCGGCGACUCCUUCGACCGCUACAAGGAAUACAGGUAUUGCUUAGCUGUGAAUGUAAUUGGAUUUGUAUAUGCUGCCUUUCAAGUCUAUAAUCUAUCCUACCAUCUAGUCACCGGGAAGUUCGUGAUCCGCCACCAUCUCCGUCAUCACUUUGAUUUUUUCAUGGAUCAGGUGCUGGCAUACCUUCUCAUUUCUGCGUCAUCGUCUGCAGCCACUCGGGUCGACGACUGGCAAUCGAAUUGGGGGAAAGAUGAGUUCACGGAGAUGGCCACUGCUUCGGUUAGCAUGGCUUUCCUGGCUUUUGUUGCCUUUGCGCUUAGCUCCCUCAUAUCUGGUUACAACCUCUGUACCCAUGACUCUGCGUAAUGUAUCCUACAACCGGCCGCCCGUGGACUCGGUUUUCGAUUUCUCGUGUUGGCGAGAAUGUUGUUUUUACGGAAUGUGAAUGAAAGUUAUUUUUUUCGACGUUUGUACAGCUUCGAACAGCAUGUUUUCCGCAGAGCAGUUCUGCCGUCGCUGUGUUCCGGCUUUAAUGUUAUUAGUAUAGCAAUUUAUGUGUAAUUAUAUACUUAAUCAUAAUAACGGUGAAAUCUUGAGUUCUUAAUAUAUCAAGGCAAUAACGCA